AUGUCUCCCUUCGGCUGGCCUUCAGAUCGGCCCAUCGGACCCACCUCCGACCUCACCUCUUCCCGCCGUCACAGCAAUCAAUUCUCGAACACCACAUUCGCUCCAGAUCUCGGAAUUCUUGAUCGCUAUUGGAUCUUCGAGCACUUGAGUUCUUUGAACGACAACACCGAGCCUGUGCUCAACGAGAAUGCCUUGACGCAGAUCACCCUUGACGUCGCCCGCCAGCUAAGCGGCCUCGUCGGCAGGCCCGUCGACGAAGCAUAUGACGAGGCGCAACCUGUACUUCUGGAGAGCCUCUUUCUUGCGAAGCACGGCUCACUCCAGAACUCAACGGUGAACAUGUCCACACCUCUCCUAGGCCAGUUUCUGGUCGCGAUCAACGGCUUCAUCGACGUCCGGAACGAGAAUGGUCUGGCCGAAUACCUCGUCCUUGAGCCGCCGUUCGGUGAUCACUACAUGCGUAUGAUCGAAGAGCUGAAGAGCGCAUACCCAAGAGGCAGCGAAAAUGCAUUGGAAGAGAAGUGCAGCCAGAACCUCAAAGCCGCAAGAGAAGGAGCAGAGGACCAACCAUGGACACCCUUCAUCAAGUUCAUGGUGCAGUAUUUGGGAUAUCUGAGGGACGUGGAUGCGGACCCGAAUAAGUACUUGCAGACGUACGAGCUGCUGAGCGAGCUGCAAGUCCGUGCUAACAGCGCGCUUGCGCAUGGAGUACUGGGAUAUCUGAUACUGAGGAUUGUGGUGGCGAACGCAAAGCUGGUGUGUCGGCUGGCGAUCGGACUGGACAAGCAACCGGAACUCAUACGGAAUCUCAAGAGCGCGGGUGGGCAGCAAGGCGGUGGUGAGGAUGAUGAUUCACAAGAGACGCUGCCAGAGCGAGCGGCCAAUAUCCUGAGAAGAUCUUUCGUGACGUGCCUUAAUGAUAGAAGCCAGGUCAAGGAUGGCAAGCCGGGAGGCAGGAAGAAGGGCAUUUACAUCAUCGCCAAUCUGUGCUUGAAGAUUCUCUUUCAGUGCCGGAAGACGAGGAACGCCACGCAAAUCUUCGAGAACAUCUACAACCUCUCGCCUCCGCUCAACGCAUACCCAAAGCGCGAACGGGUCACCUACCUAUACUACCUCGGACGCUUCCUCUUCCAGAACAGCCACUUCUACCGCGCUCAGCAGGCGCUCCAGCAUGCUUACGACGAAUCACCAUCACGGCAGGAAUGCGUGAGGCAGCGACGGCACAUCCUUGUCUACCUCAUCGCCUCGAACACUAUUCUUGGUCGCUUUCCGUCAGAAGCCUUGCUCUCCCGACCCGAGGCCCAGGGUUUGGCAGACCGCUUCCUUCCCAUCUGCUUCGCAAUCCGCAAAGGCGAUCUUGCCUCCUUCCGCCAGCACCUCGACUUCGACAGUCCACACGCAGACUGGUUCUUGCACUUCCGCAUCCUGCUUCAGCUCCGCAACCGCUGCGAAGUCCUCGUUUGGCGAUCACUAGUCCGCAAAACCUGGAUCCUCAACGGCACCCGCCCGACCGACGCAAGCAGCAAAGUGGCGCCCACAGUCAAUAUUCACGACCUCGUCGCCGCGUUUACCUUCCUCGAGAACCGCUCUACUUCUCAACCGGACAACUACACCGACCCAGACUUCGCAGGCAUCACCUACGACAACCCCGACGACCCUUCCGUCGACGGCUCAUCCCACUACGACACCACCUCCAUGGAAUCCAUCCUCUCCUCGCUCAUCGACCAAGGCUUGCUCGGCGGUUACUUCUCGCAUCGACUGAUGAAAUUUGCCAUCACGGGCGCGGCGAAGAAGGGCAGUGCGUUGGCGGCGGGGUUCCCGCAGCCUUGGGGUGUCUUGCAGGCGAGGGCGGAGAGGGAGGAUGGGGAGGUGCCGGGGUGGAAGAAGGAGGUUAAGAUGGGGACGGGAGGGGCGAUGAGGCCGGGGCCGGGGAUGGUGUUGAAUUUGAGUGGGGCAAGGCCUGUUGGGGUGGCUGGCCUGCUGCAGGAGCUGCCUGGACUCUACAACGCACUCGAGGUUCUGAAUUUGCACCAUCGCUUCUGCGACUCUUCACACGAACAAGUCUCCGGUGGCGCGAUCAUCAUGGAGUCCAAUGCGCCGGACGUCCGUAGCAUAAGCCGCGCACACCAGGCCGACAGCGCAUCCGCACCCGCAGACUCAGUCGUCCUCGCGCCGUUGCCAACCACGUCCGAUGCCGACCCCUCAGCAGCACAUCCGCCACUCGCACCUGAGCAUGACCAAACGACCGCCGAACGCUCCGCAGGACAACGACUCUCCGAUACUGUCGAGCUCCUCGAGAUGAUACUGUUUGGACUGCCAAUGAAAGACCUGCUCUUCUCUCAGAAGGUGUGCAAGCAGUGGAACGAAGUCAUUGAAUCGUCGACCAAGCUACAGCAAGCGCUUUUCUUCAAAGCACCCCCAGGUGACCAAAUCGGCGACCAGCUCGAGGACUCCGAGGGUCCGUUUUCCGUCAAUCCGCUCGUUUGUACCAUGCUUCGAUCCUGGGGUCGCACCUCCUAUCCGCUCACUCGGUCUACUCCACGCAGCUUCCUUCUACCUCACGAGUGGAGGGAGGUGGAUAGUUCCUGGAGAAAGAUGGACGUGACCUCGCCACCAACCUGCGUUACGAUCAAGAUGGGUAUCCGCGCGGCAUGCGGCCACGGCUACGACAUCCGCGAGCAAGUCACGAAGGACCUUCUCACUGGUUGGCAUGCAAGCUUUGUUUAUGAUCAUAAUUACUCUCCUUACGGAUCCAUCUCGAAAUCGAUGACAAUCGACACAUCCCGCAUGGGCGAUGUGUACGAAGUCAUGCAAGAGGAACUGGAUGUCGUGGCAGCAAUGCCACCAAAUCCAGAUCUCCUUCUCACCCACUACCACCUCGAAGUAGAGCUGACCGGCGUGCGGGAUUUUUGA